AGCAUUCCAAGAAUUACAUGUUUUAAGAAAAACUUUUAAUAAAUUGAAACGAUUUCUUAAAUUUUUUCAUAUGGGUGUUCUUUUUUUUAAGAAAAUUUAAAUAAAUCAAUUUAAUUUACAAAUGAAAAUCAGUUUGUAAUUGAUUGAUUUUCGUAAAAACAACAAAAAAUCAAAACAACAAGAAUACAACAAACCAAACGCCUACACGCCCAAAAAAAGAAACGAAAAACAAAAAAACGCGCAACAUGUCUAGCUGGGCCGAACGUGUACAUCGACGUGCUGCCGAUUUCGGCAAUGUGGUUACUUCUUGUGGUCAUCCUGGUUCAUCGGCACCCACGUAUCCCUAUCGUUUGGAAAAAGUUAAAUUUGGUGUACCUUUAGAGGAGGUGUGCAAAAAUGACAACAUUCCCGGACCUUUACUGGUUCUCAUACUUAAGCUGAAUAAAGAGUCACCCAAUCGUCGCGAUGUGUUUCGAGCACCCGGCCAUCAGGGUGCCAUGAAGAAGCUAAUACAUUUCUUACAAGCCGGCCGUUUGGUUAAUGUGGACAAUUAUUCAGUGUAUACGAUUGCUAGUGUGCUGAAAAAAUUCUUACGCAAAAUACCAAAUGGUAUUUUUGGUCGUUCGGGUGAAGAGGAACUAUUUGCUAUAAUUGAAUUGUCAAACGAAUCGGAACAAAUUGAACGUUUACACAAAUUAUUACAAUCACUGCCGAAAUAUACACAACAUUUAUUAGUUUUAUUAUUUGGUACAUUCCGUGUGAUUGCUAGCAAUGCAGCCCAUGCUGGUACCGGCAUGACCAGUGAAGCUUUGGGUGUUUCCGUUGCACCCAGCUUCUUUCAAUCAUGUGUUAGUGAUGGCAAAACCGCGCGCAUGGAAGAUGUGCUUAAAUUUAAGGUGGCUACAAAAAUUAUGAAACAUAUUAUUGAUAAAUUUGCCACACACGAUUUGUUUGGUCGUGAAAAUUAUGAAUAUUAUGCACGAGUUACCGGACGGAUAUUAAAAGUACAAGAUGAAUGGAUAUGCAGCUUUCAAUAUCCACCACCGCCCCGUGGAAAACAGGCUCAACAAAAAUAUGCAUUACAACAUUCAUUGGAAGCGGAAAAAACAUGGUUGCAAUGUCAAUGCGAACGCUGGGGUCUACUUGCUCAAGAAGAAUCACGCUCUACUCCUGCCUUGCUAACAAGUUCGAGCUCUGCUUUGGAUAAUAGUGUUGUAUCAUUGGGUGUAACACCCGAACAUUCAUUUAUGGAAUCAUGUGCUCGACUCUCUGUUUCUUUAGAGGGUCCUGGUCUAUUUGCUAUGACUUCAUCCCCUUUGCCGGCACGCAAACCGGGCAGCAGCUUGCAUGCCGAAGACGAUGAUGAUGAUAUCGAUGAAGAUGACUAUCACAACGAUGACAAUGAUGACGACCAUGAAGGCGAUGACGAUGAAGAAGACAACGAUAACAAUCAUUUCAAUCAACACUUUAGGCAACAGCAGCAACAACAACAACAUCAUCAUCACUUUACCCAACAACCAUUAGCAAACGCCGACGAUGAUGAUGAAGAGUUUGCCAAUGAAUUAGAUAUUUCCAAUGGCGGCAAUGGUGGCGGCGCUAAUGAAAAUAUAGAAAAUCUUUCAUACAAAGCUAAUUUUCGUACUUGCCAAUCCUACUCAAGUGCGGCAGCGACAAGUAAACUAAAAUCUCGUUCAGCUGAACAAACGCCAGACAACACAUUUACCGAUAGCCAGGAAGAUGUGGACGAUGAAAUGACCAAUGUGGUAAAAAGACGUUAUAAACAAAACAAAAAGAAAUCCGCUAUUAAUAAUACUGCACAGAUAAGAGUUCAACAGCAGCAACAAAGACGUUUUAGAACGUCAACAACAACAGCAGCAGCAACAACAACAAAUACUACUGUAUCCCUUAAUAAGAGUUUCGAAACAAAAAAUUGUGAUUUUCUAACGAACGAUUACGAAUAUAUAGCAAAACCUAAAAUUAAUACAACAGCAACAACAAACACAGCAUCUAGCUUAACUUUAAAAGCUUUAGCUGUCGAUGCUGCCACUGUACAACAAUCCAAGAGUCAGGUAUGUAGUCGCUGUAAAAGAGGCAUACGACAUUCGUCUUCAUGUUCCUCAUCUACGGCUUCUGGUGGUGGUGCUGGUGCUGGUGGUGCCAAUGGCAGUGGCAUGACUAUGGAAGAAUUAAGAGCUGUUAAUCGUUAUGCUGAAAGUACUAAAAGUCUAUCCUACUUGCCACAGGUGAGGGAUGAAUACUUGCUUGCUUCAAGGAUUUCGGUCCAUGAACGUCAAACGGCACGCAUGCGUACACGUUCCGAAUGGUUUUUAGGUCCCAAAGAUGGUGAUCUAUUGUGUGUACCGCCCAAUACCUGCAGUAAUUGUUGUCUCUCAGCUGUUAAUCUACAAACAGCAGGAAAUUAUUUAGGCGGUGGUAGUACCCGAGACAUGAGACGUAUGUUGGAUAUACAACAACAGCAAAACCAACAACAGCAGCAACAUCAUCAUGUUAACGAAGCUGUUAAUACCUCCUUAUACCUCUACUACAAACAGCGACAACAACAUCAGCAACAAUAUCAGCAAUUACCUUUGCAAAGACAAAGUUUUCAUUUGUCACCCGAACACAUGGAUACCGAUGAAAGUUUCGCCUCUUUUACUAGCGGUAGCAAUAGUAUAAAUCAACAAAUGAAUUUACAUUCCAUGCAACAGCAACUAACAGCAAUCCAACAACAACAACAGCUUCAUCAACAGCUACAACCACAAUUUAAUACACGACAGGCUCAGGAGGGACAAGGAUUAUUUUUGGAUACAAACUAUGGUAGAUAUGAUUUUGAUGAUAAAGAUAUAUUAAUUACUACUACUACUACUACAACAACUGAUAAUCAUUUUAAUUAUAAUAACAAUAACAACAAACCAGAAAACAAUAACAAUAAAGAUGAUUACACUAUAAGUAAUCGUCAACAUUUAAUGAAAACCUCUUCUACAACUUCUACUACAACCAAUGAUAUGACUUUACAAACACUUAACACAACACCAUUGCCAUUAUCAUCUACAGCCACCAACAACAACAAUAACUCAUCAUCAUCAAACGUGUCACUUUAUCAUUUGCAUGCCAACAACAACAGCAACAAUCAUAAUACCAACAUACAAAUGAAAAAUAAAAAAUCCUUGCGUAGUCUUAAUAUUUCACAAUAUUAUUCAACUGAAUCUUUAUUAAAUCCUCAUAAUAUUGAUUAUGAUGAGAAGGAGGAUCAUGAUUUCGAUCAAGAAUUAUUAGAGGAGCCUGGUUCUUCUAAAUUAUCCUAUCAAAGUUCUCGUCUACCUACACCACAACGUGAACGCUUGGAUGAAAUGCAUUUAAACACUUCCCAAUAUCUUAACUCCACUUUAACUUCCCAUAAUGCUAAUACUAUUACCACUACCACCACUACCACCGCUAAAACCACAAAUUCCCACCAUAAUCUUUCCUCUAAAGAUGUAUUAGAUGGAGAUAUUACUCCCGAUGUAGAUGAUAUAGAUUAUGUAGUUUCCACACAUUAUCGCCAUUCUACACCCAUGUUACAACGUCGUCGUUUACGCCAACAACAGGCUUUAAGACGUCAACGUUUACCCUCCAAUUCUUCCUCCCUUUAUCAAUCGUUCAAUGCUAGUUUACAAGCACCCAUGUCAUCUGCCCCUCUGGGCUCUCACAAUCGCUUUAGUAAUACCCCAUCAAAUUCCAUUAGCAAUUAUGAAAGCCAGUCAACUUUAACAAGUAGUACUGCUGCUGGUGCAGGUGGUGGCAGUGGUGUUGCUGGUAGUAGUAGCAGUGGUGGUGGCAAUAGUAAUUUUUUGGCAACAUCCGUUUAAGUAAUAGUGCCGAGUCUGUACAAUAUCCAGCUAGAAGACCCUCAACACGACGCAUACUCUUAGGUGCCAAUAUACCACGACAAUAUCCUUUACGUUCUUCCUUAAGGCGUCACAAGGAAAAACAAAAGGGUACUAAUAAUGGCGGCUCUACUA